CCGUUAGUGGAGAGAAAGAAACAGGAAGGGUUUCAUAUUCUGCUCCCUUUCUCUCUCCUCAGAUAUUCGGGAGAGAUGGUCGGCGAUCGGUUGAAAGGUACUGUGAAGUGGUUCAAUGCAACCAAGCGGUUCGGCUUUAUCACGCCGGACGAUGGUCGGGAGGAGUUGUUCGUUCACCAGUCCUCCAUCAAGGCUGAUGGCUUCCAAAGGCUGGCCGAGGGUGAGGUGGUAGAGUUCGCGAUCGCCGUUGGUGAAGAUGGCCGGACAAAGGCCGUCGAUGUGAUCAGCUCAGGAAGGGAUUUUGUUCAGGGAGGUAACUCCGCCGCCGCCGGCGGUCGGAGGGGUGGUUACGUCGGCGGAGGUGGGAGAGGAGGUGGAAGGUAUGGAGGAGGGGGUUAUGGAUUUAGUGGCAACAGUGGAGGCGGUAGGGGUGGAGGAUGGAGAGGUGGCGGAGGCGGUGGUUCUUGCUACAGCUGUGGUGAGCCGGGACAUAUUGCAAGAGAUUGCUACAACGGCGGCGGUCGCGGGAGGUAUGUUGGCGGUGGCGGUGGCGGUGGCGGUGGUGGAGGCGGCGUAUGCUACAGCUGUGGGGAGACUGGUCAUUUCGCAAGGGAAUGCCCUUCUGGACCGAAGUAAGUGAAUUUAUCGUGCGUAUUUUACAGCUUCUGGACUGAAUGAUCACUUGGGAUUUGGUUGCUUUUCCGUUGAACAGAAAUCGUUUGAUUUUGUUUUGGUAAUUAUUGUAUUUUGAAGUAAGGGCGAAGCAUCAGGUGAUUGCAAGACUCGCUUCUUGUAUUUUAAGAAAUAAUUUUCAGAUGGCUGGCUAUACAAACGUGCAUGUUGGCUUCCAAGCAGUAAUUUCAAA